CAUACCAGUUAGAGACCAGUCCCAGGCAUCAGGAGCUCCAAAGAGUGCAUCACCAUACAACAGAAGAAACGAACCCAGCAAAGACACCAUUUUCACAUUUGAAGACAAACCAGUACCAAAGCAUGGAGACCUUUUGGGUACUAGUCUACAAAGCAGGAAGACAAUGGCAAGUUCAAGUAGUGCAAUAAGCGUUGAUAGUCAAAGUAAUAGCCAAGAGAAAACACAGUUACUCUUACAGCCUCAACCAAUUUUUAUACUUGGAACUGACAGAGAUGAUUUAAGUGAAUCUUACCAAGUAACCCUCAGUAAUGUACUUUGCCAAGGACAUCAUAUGCUUGUGCAAGUUGAAACAACAUGUCCUCCACCUCGGAAAAAGAGUAAAAGAAGAAAGCGAACUGUCAUCAGGAAACUGAAUGGGCAAGGUCUUCAGGUCCCUGAGUCUUCUUUUCCACACUCUGCCAACAGUGGUGAUGGUGGUGAUGAAUAUACAAGCUCUGAAGCUUCUGAGCUUGACACACUGGGAACGAUUCCAACAUGGAUUAAAAAAGAGUUAAGAGAUUCUGCAGCUGUUACAGAGGAGAAUGAUGCAGAUGACAGUGAUGAUGGGGGGAAUACAGAAGAACAUGUUGAAAAUGACUUCACUUUAGCCAGUAUCAAAAUCAACAAAGAUCUGAAGUUGUUUAAUGGAAAUAAUCAAAUCGAGAGGGAGAGUAAAGGACAAGUGGUUGUUAAAAGUAAACUUGGACAAUCAUCAGAUCAUCAGUGUGAAACAAAAGAGACCUCUAAAAGUACAGCCAAUAUAUUUUCACCAGAGAGUGGCAUUCAACUAUCAAGUGAUUCAAGUUCAUGUGAUAUCCAGACAGACACACAUGGGGUGAAAACAGAUCCUGAGAGUUUAAAGAAAAUCAGCUUUGGAGCAUCAUUGCAUGGUACCAGCAAGCCAGUCACAUCUAAACAACAAAAGCAAUCAGUAGGAAAUUCACGCCCCCUGAAUCGUAUCAGAGCUGGUCGAGGAAGAGCUCGCACAAGUUCGUGGACAAUAGAAGGAUCUCUUCGUGAUGGGAAAAAAACAGAAAAGUUCCAUGAAGAAAAUUUGAAGAUGGAAUUGCAGAAGGUUAAAAAUGAAAAACAAAACACACUUGAACAAUUAAUUCGACUGGAGGAAAAACAAGAGAAACAGCAACAGUACCUUAAAGUUGAAGCGAAUAAGGUUGCAGAGGAAAGAGAAACUAAGAUGAAAGAAGAGAUAGACAAGUUGAGAGAAGAAUUGCAUUGUCAAAGUAAAAAAAUGGCAGAAAACAACAACCUCGUACUCCAUCUUCAAGAACAGCUCGUAAAGUUACAGUCUGAACAACUACGACAAACUGCAAGAGAAAAAAGAGCUGCAAGCGCUGACCACAAAAAUAACUCAUCUGUCAGUCAAAGUAGAGUGUGUGUUGUCAGUUGAAGGUUAUUUUCUUGAAAACUGCAAGAAUUGGUUACCCCAGUUUUGUUUUGUAUUUAAUUUAAUUUAUUUAUGUGUUUAUUUAUUUUUCAUUUUUGUUCAUUCAAGUGAGGUUAAACUACGUUUAUUUCAGAAAGGUACAUGUUCAAAAACAUGUGCAAAUGCUAAACACAUGCAAACAAGAUAAAUGAGAAGGAAAUUAAUUUUAAAAUGCAGGGCAGUUUAAAACAUUGAGUUAGGAACAUAAAUAAAAUUCAAAGUCAUUCAUAAUAAAAACAGGAAGACUAAUUAAUGAACAUCAGAAGGUAUAAGCUUGUCAUUUUUAAAGUACCACAGUACAAUGUUUUAGUAUCCUGGUGAAAAUCUUCUUCACAUACAGUGUCUGCUGUUUUCCAUUAUAAUGAAUUCUUUCAGUUAUCUUUUUAAAGAAUAUCAGCGUGAUCAUCACUACCGUUUGCCGGUACUUCACAAUUAUGUUCCAAAUACCUUGAUGCAAUUUACCAAUUAAAAGUAAAACUACAUUGUCUGUAAUAUGAAUACCAAGAGUUAUAGCAAAAUCAACGAGAUCUUUUUCCUUACGACUAUUUUCCCAAUGAUUAACAUCAGAUUUAGUUUUAUGAAAAGAACUAAUCCAAUAUUGUAAAAGUGAAGGAGACAUAUACUUUUAUUGUUUAUAAAACACAUGUAACCAUCAUUAACAUUAUUGUCCAAAAGUCUUCUACUUCUGCCCUUCUGUUCAUUUUCAAUGGUAGCAUUAUUCAAAAAUAAUUAGGUGGACCUGGGCAGUUCCAUGGUAAUGGAAGUACGUUUUGACUCAUUAAAGAACAUUUAAAUCAUGGAUAUAGUUUAACUAGUUAUCAAGAAAAUGUCACAAUUUGUUUUAUUAUUUACUGCCUUCAAAAUGACCUCUUCUUUUUGGCUGAAAUACUUUUAGUUUAUAAAAUAUGAAUGUUAAUAAGGUUGGUACGACAAAACGGACAUGGUUCUUCCAUCUAUCAUGUGUUUAACAUCGGGUUGGAUAUGACCUGGAUAAAAUAAAAAGAAAUUAUAUACAUUCUGCAUAAUUCUUUAAUACAGUUUUAGGUAAGUAUUUAUCCAAUUGUUUUUUUCAUAACUGGAUUGAUGAUUUAUUGAUAUUUACGGAUACCCAAAUAAAUCAAAAUCAAUAUUCUGAGUAAAGAUCUUGAAAAUAUAGACCUUUAGCUCGAUUUGACACCUAA